AUGGUUCGUCGCAUUCUGCGCCGACAUGGCACCCUCCGCCGAGCCGUGCUGAUAUGGUCGUUGGUUUGUGGAGUGGCGUUGGUUGCGGCUUGGGGCGGGCGAGCCUUUUCCCUAGCGGCCCUAGCGCGACCGGACCUACCAGAUUGGACAGCCGAGUUUGCAGAGGCAAAGAAAGACUACGAUGAAGCGAAGCAAGAAUUGAAGGCUGAAUUUCAGAAAGAGCCCCAACAGCGAGACCAACAACGCAUCGAGUUUUUCACGGCGAACAAACAGGAAGCACAGAAGAAAAUAGAGUUGCUCCUGCAGAAGCAGUCGCCACCAUCCGAGGCCAAGAUCACGGAGGAUGUCAUCGACCAGAAGAUUAAGGACAAGGAGUGGCGCUUGCCAGACAAGCCAGAUGUCAGUCCCCUUUUCAACAGAGAGAAAGAAUUGGAGCAGGUUCAGAAUUACAUUGCCAAUCCAUUCGCUUUUGCCAACAAGGAUGGUCUGUUCAACCUGCUGGGCACAUCUGGAAUGAAGGGCAUCGGGAAGACCCAGUUGCUAUUGAAUUCUUUGCAGGCUGUGGAGAACCUGUCGAACACCAAAGCUGUGUAUUUCACCUUCAACCGGCAAGGUGAUUUGAAGGACAGAGUCCACGAGUCCUUUAGCAAAGGCAAUAGGUAUGACACUGCAUUUGGUCAUGCGCUCCUCACCGCAUGUGGUGCAUCGCUUGCUGCGGUGGAGGCAUGUGACUUCGAUAAAUGCCUCGACGUGAUUCGGAAGCUGGCUUGUGCUGACGUUGCAGAGCGUUUGGUCAUUUUCAUCGAUGAGCUUGGUCUGCUAGACGCAUAUGAAAAAGAACCAGUGGUUGUGCCACUUCUUCAAUCCUUGAUGCGGUGCAUGGACAAGCGAAAGGGCAAACUCGUUUUUGUCUUCUCGCAUCUUCUUGAAGAAAUGUUGACGCGUGGGGCAACACAGCAAAGUGGUCGCAAGAUUAAUGGAAUAUCUUUGGUGGCUUUGGCCGUUGACUUCUGGAAGACGAACCCUGCCUUCAGGGCAUGGGCAACUGCGGCGCAGAGAGAUGCUGGCAUACAUCAGUUGUUGCUGAGCUGUGCCGGUCAUCCUCGUUGUCUCUUUGAAGGUUUGAAGGUGGAAGCAGUUCAGGACUUGUGCAAUUGCGACGUUCCUCAGACUGCAAUCGCUUUGGAGCGAGCUCGGGACCAAAUUAUAAACGAGUGCAAGUUCGAUGACAUGAAGUUCGACCUUCAGGAAAGCAUGUUGAUGCAAUGGUUCAGUCCGCUGGAGCAGAUGAACGAGACUGCCCUCGGCCGUGCCGGCUUGCUGGUUCGUGUAAAGACAGGUCUUGGCAAGGAAACGGCAAGCUUCCUCCAUCCUCUCGUUCUGAGCUGGUGGGCACAGAAGAACAAAAAGUCCUCACGCCUCGCUACGCACCUUUGCCAUGCCUACGAGUUCGAUGCCGAACUUGCAGAAGGUUCAGAGAAGCGGAUGGAAGGGCUCAUGUUCCACUACGAGGCGGUGCUUCGUAUUGCACUUGAGGGCAAACCCAUUGAGUUGAGCCAGUUCUAUGUCACCGACUAUAUCGGCGACAAUUUCAAAAAGAUGUUGCUGGUGGGAGCGCUCCCUCAGGCUUGUAGGGGCAGACUGGUAGAGUUUGUGAAGGACUUCAGCAACGUGAAGUUGGUCAUCGACUGGCUGAAGAAGGGUGCCAUAGUUGUCUCGCAGAAGCAGUCCGAAGAAGGCGUGGAGUAUCUCACGCCGUGGCGGCUGAAUGAUGCGGAAGGCGAGCUCGUUGUUGCCUGUGUCCAGUGCAAGUUCGUGAAAGAAAAGGUCUCGUGGAGCAUCGUUAAGAAGCACAUGCACUCUGCCGUGGAACCCCUGAAGCAGAAGAAGAUAGAGGUUUUCCCAGUGAUUUAUGCCACGCCUGACCAAGGCACCAUUCAGGAAAGCACUUACAAAGAUGGUGUCUACUUUAACGAGGUCAGCAUUUUCAAGUUCACGAGCAAGUUGGGCAUCCUUCGGCUUCACACCGAGAAACUCGGCAAGAGCCUGCAGAAGGAAGUGCCCGUGCUCAACCGAUCCAGAAGCGAGGUUGCAGAUUAG